UUUAGGGGAAACUGGACGACGCGCGUUAUUUUAUAAUUAUUCAAAAUGUUCAAAAGAUUCUGCAAUGAGACAAAAAUCUACGUUUGACUGUACAUUAUGGAACUUUUAACUUGUUACAACUAACAGGAAGUUUUUCUGGAAGGAUUUUGAUUCGCUAAACUCGAAUCAUUUACAUCAGUGUGUGACGAGAAUCUAUCUGUGUUAUGAAUCAUUCACUCGAUUAAUUAAAAUGACCGAGCCGAUAAAAAUGUGUCAUUUAACAACGACACCACUACGGACCUGACCAAUAUACUGGGAGCCUUCAUUGUGUCAACAAAUAUUGUAUAUGUAUACUUGGAAAGAGUUGCAAAUGGUUUCUUCAUCAGAAAUGCUCAUCUCUGCAGCACAGAAGUCACUGUGUCCUCGUAAGAAGCGUUUAUCUCCGGCCACAUGUCUUGAUGUGACUGUUCAGAUAAUGGCUGUGGAUCUGGGCGUCAAACCUGCUCUACUUUACGACAGUAAUGCAGCUUCUCCAGAACAACUUCAGAUGUAUCUCAGUUCUCUACAGGAGUCUGGAGUUGUAACCAAUCCACUACGGAUUCUGUCCAUUGAUGGCAACACGUUCAUUUUUAAUCGUGCCUCUGUUGAGUCCCACCUGGACGAACUGCUCAAAAGCAAAGAUCUCAUUCUGAUGGACGUAUGUCCCUCAAGAAAACAACCCGUCUUGGCUGGCUUUGAAAAUAAAACUGAGGAUAUGAUCAAAACUCUUUCAGAAUUCUUCAUGACUGAGCUGGAUAAAGACUCCUCAGUGAUUGUACUGGGAGAGGAGUUGUAUAAUGACUGGAACUUGUGCACUCUUUUUGGAAUCCUGUUAGGUUAUCCAGCCUCAUACUGGUUUGACCAAACUGAAGGAUUCAGGAACUGUCUGUGUAUGACACCUCUGGUGGUGUGCACCGUUUGGGUCAAAUGGCACACCCGUGACAUCAAUCAUCGCUGUUGUCUUUACUCUUUCAGUGUUCCUGAAGAGCUAUGGCCACAAGUACAAUGGCAUGUACAUCAGUGGACAGAGAGUCUGAGAGAGAGAUUUAAUAAACAGCCAGUUCUGACUGAUCUCUGCUUUUUUAGGGAAACUGUCACUUUACCCUCUGUGACCCUUUGAAUAAAUUUGAUUUAUGUUUAUUUUUUAUUAUUAAAUAUGUGCUUACAUUGUUUAUUAAGUUUUUUAAUUUCCUUUUUUUUCAUGCAUCACCUAUUUUCUGUAUCAUUUAUGCUAUUUUUUUCUUACCAAAGCAACGUGUAAUAUUGUGUGCAUAUAAUAAAUUUAGGCAGUGAAUCUCAA